CCUGUUGCGCGUCCAGGUCUCGAUCUUUCCCGGACUCGCGCAAAAAUUCUCGACCCCGUCGCGACCCCGCAGCAGUCUAUCUAGUUGAACGAGAGAACGAGAGAAAAAGAAACGCGGCAAUCGGUUGCUGUCGCGGUAUCGCACAUCGACGAUUGCUCAUCUUCGAGGAUCCUCCUUCGAGAAGGUGUAGCCGCGAUUGGAAACUCCUGAUCCCAAGACUCGCGAGAAGUGAUCGCACCAGAGAUCUCGCCCACGCGUGAUCCCCACCUAUCGCGGUCCUAUCGGUCCAGGAAUCUGUCAGUGGCGCAUCGUGUACGUCCUCGGGAGGAUCGUUUUUGGAGAACAGCGUGAACGAGUCGGAACCACACGAGCGAGCGUGAUCACAUCGCCGUCCGUUCAUCGAACGAGAUCAACGUAUCGCGACAGCGUUGUUAAGGGUAGGAGUGAGAUCAUCCCCCACUGCAGUGAGAGAGGACGCUGAGCAGGAUGCCCGGCGCCGGUGGUCAGCCACCGCAAAGGACCACUUUUCGACCGCCGUGGGUUAAGGAUGGCCCGAAUCCGUUGCCCAUGCCCACCGCACCCUGGACCCUCAAUUCCCGUAGAGACUCUAAGCCGAAAACUGAGGAAGUUCCGGCCUUCGCCCAAGUCACCUUGAAGAGUGUGCCGAAACCCGCCGAACCGGCAACACCUUCGUCAGACGGAUUACCGCGUAAACAAAGCAAAAUUACGAUAAUACCGAAGCAGCCGAAUGAAAAGAUCAAUGAAAAAAUUCCGAGUGGUCGACCGCUGCCAACGAAGCCGCGCGAGAAUGGACGACAGGAGCCAAAUUCGAGACCGCAACUCGAACGACAGAUCCGUAUCGAGAAAUCUCGAUCACGAGGUGACAUUAUACCACUCUCAAAGAGUGAGAGCACCACAGGUGCACCAACUUUAUCGAAGAGCUCGUCGCGAGCGAACUUUCCACCACCACCACCCCCGCGGCCGCCACCACCACCACCCAGUCGUACGAUUCUCAAGGACUUACCACCUCUCAACGAGGAUCAAAUGCAGAAGUUGGAUAUAUUGAAAUCCAGGCCGAGGAAACGGCCAGAUUGGGCCAGCAUGAUGAAGGAAGUCGAGAGUGGCAAGAGGCUCAAACACGUCAAGUGUAACGACCGGAGUGCGCCUUUGAUCGAAAGGGUGAACAAAGUCACGGCCGAUCCAGCAGGCAAGGCCCACUUCGUAUUCGAAUCAGAAAAGUCGAAUAUGCACAAUCAGCUGCUGAAACAGAUUCAACAGGGCGUGAAACUCAAGACUGUGAAGACGAAUGACCGCUCAAAACCAAUGCUGGAGGGACUAAGAAAAUUCCGACGACAAAUGACCAUUGAGGAGCAAAUUCAAAAGGCUGAAGAGGCGCCCGAAUUAGAAGAAGUUAUUCAAGAUGAAAUGGAUGAUAUUGAUGCUGUUAGAGAUGAUUUGCAAAGCACUAAGCAGAUGCUCGCGAUGGAACUUAGAAAUAAAGAAACCUUAGACCGGGACAAUAAGCGAUUGCAGGCAAGAAUUUUGAAUCUCGAGGCAGAAGUAGAACGUAUGAAGUUACAAAAGAAUACCCAAGAAAACAAACAACAAGAUGAGAAACUCACGGAAUCUUUGAAGCAGGAAGUGCAGCAAGCGAGAAAAGAUGCAGAAAAAGCGGAGAAAGAAUCAGUCAUCGCUGUCGGGGAAAGAGAUAAGGCUAGAAACGAAUUAGAAGAAAUGAGAAGAAUGUAUGCAGCGUUAGAAAAGCGUAUGAAAGCUGGAAUGGCACUGGCUGGUUGUCCAAGCGCGAAGGACGUAGCCAAGAUUGCGUCACAAAAGAGUAUAGACAAACAGGAUGUUCGCAGCGCGAGCGAAGAGGAAGAGGAGAGCACAGAAGAAGAAGAGGAAGAUGAGGAUCCUAAAGUCGGAGCAGAGAGACGUGCGCAAAGAGAGAUCAAGCUUCUCACUUCGAAAAUUAAGAAUUUUAUAGAUAAAGCUGCGAAUGCCAGGAAAGAGAGACACGCGCUAAAGGAGCAGAUCAAACAGCAGCAGAAAUUAUUGAUGGAAGAAAAGAAGAAGUACAAGCAGUUGCAGAAACAAGUGGACAAGAUGGCGAAACUGAUGGGAGAUACCGACGACGAAGAAGAAGAAGUAGAAGAAGAGGAAGAAGAGGAAGAGACGGAGUCCGAGGAAGAGUCAGAGUCUGAAGAAUCAGAGGAAGACGAGUCCGAGUCUGAUGACGAUCAAGCACCUAUCGACAAGCGCAAAAACAAUUUGCAAAAACGUGUAACGAAACACGAGGGACGGCUGGCAGCCUUGAAAAAGGGCAACUACUUGUUGAAAGCGCAGGUAGACAGGAUCAAGGACAAUUUAAUGAAGCAACGAGAAGAUAGCCUCACCCUACAGGAGGAUCUUGAUUCUGUCUUAGCCGAACUAGGUUAGACUAACAAACAGCCUAAGCAAAGAAUAUUUCCAAAGAAUGUAUCGUAUGCAAAUGCACAUAUUGAAAUAUAGACAAUUGUAUGUUA